UAACAGCGGAGGGAAGGGGAAUCUCUGAGGUUAACGGAGAUCCUCCGCCGUUAACGGGGAUCCUCCGCCUCAACGUCACAUGCAGCGUUUUUCGGCCCACGGCAGCGCGCGCUCCUCUUUCCGCUUCACGGCCAAAUGUGUUUUACAGCAGUGGGCGGGUCGGCGCGGGCGCGAGUCUGUGCGUGCUGGGCUUUCAGUGGGAGGAGCUAACUGACGGUGCUGAGCAGCAAUAAGAUAACGCCGUGAGCGGAGGGUGGCUGAAAGUGAUGGUUACUUUUUAAUUACUGAGAACAGAAGAUUAAGAAAAAGAAAAUCACUGUAUCUUUAUUAGAUGGGUGAUCAUGACCUCCAACGGGGAACCUUAUAGUGGACGUUUUUCUUACACUUUCCCAAUGUCUACACUACUGCGUCCCACCGACGAGCCGUAAGGGUCCCGCACUCAAACGCUCGCACGCUGAAAGGACCUGAUUUGCUCAUGCUGGUUUGGCUGGACUGUUCUACUUGCUACCAUGAAGAGGCCCAAGCAACAGUCUCAGCCCUUUAGCUUCCUCAGCUUCUUCAGCCGCAAGCCCAAAUCGGACCCCAAGAGUGAGAAACCCGCCACUCCAAGCCGAGAUGAGGUGGCUAUUACGUUAACGCCUAAUGAGCCAGAACAUGGAGAGCAAGACUCAAACCUCGGUGAGAGAGAUGGUGGAGGAGAUACUGGUGAAGGAGGUUUGGUGAAGGGCGAAGCAGCUGGGGGCGAGCAGCAAGCAGCGGAGUGCGCCAGCAGCGGCUCCACAGGGGUCCUGUCUCUGUCUUCAUCCAGCCAGGAGCAGCUGCUGGAGCACUUGGUGGAGUGUCCCCUGUGCCUGCUGAGCCAGCCCCGUGGUCACUUCCCACGCCUGUCCUCCUGCCCGCACCGUGCCUGUGCUGACUGCUUGCGACAGUACCUGCGCAUCGAGAUCUCAGAGAGCCGCGUUGGCAUUGCCUGCCCACAGUGCCCUGAGGCGCUGGCCCCACCAGACGUCCGUGCCAUCCUGGAUGACGGCGCCCUGCUGGAACGCUUUGAGGAGUUCCAGCUGCGCCGCUUCCUGGCUGCUGACCCUGACACGCGCUGGUGCCCAGCGCCAGACUGCAGUUAUGCAGUGAUAGCCUAUGGCUGUGCGGAAUGUCCUAAGCUGAGUUGUGGCCGAGAGGGCUGUGACACAGAGUUCUGCUACCACUGCCGUCAGCUCUGGCACCCUGACCAGACGUGUGACCAGGCCAGGCGGCAGCGCGCCCGUCACACCUCGGGGGGCAAUGACACAUCCACACUGUACGUCUUCAGCGAGGAGCCUGGUGGAGAUGCGGAGGAGAUUAAAGCAUGUCCACGUUGUGGUGCCUAUAUCAUGAAGACCAAUGAUGGCAGCUGCAAUAGGAUGAACUGCACGGUGUGUGCGUGCCAGUUCUGCUGGCUGUGUAUGCAGGAGAUCACAGACGUGCACUACCUCAGUCCCUCAGGCUGCACUUUCUGGGGAAAGAAGCCGUGGUCACAGACGCGGAAGGUCCUGUGGCAGGUGGGCAUGCUGCUGGGGGCUCCAGUAGUGAUCUCACUCAUUGCAGGCAUCGCCAUACCAGUCAUCAUUGUGGGCAUCCCAAUUUACAUGGGCCGCAAGGUCCACAGUCGCUGUAAGAAAAACAAUAUCUCAGGAAGUAAACAUUACUUGACAGUGGCCAGCGGGGUCAUGACAUCAGUGUUUGUCUCUCCAGUCAUAGCAGCCACUACUGUGGCGGUCGGAGUGCCUCUGAUGUUGACAUAUGUUUACGGUGUGGUUCCUAUGUCUCUGUGUCGGAACGGCUGGUGUAGGCCUCAGGCUGAACCCCCUGAAAUGCGCAAGAUCCAGCUGGAGGACCUGGCCACUUAUCUUUUGUUUUCUCAUGUAGUCAGUGACCACUGGACUGGAGAGCCCAAGCCAGCUCUGAACGAUGCCUCUGUCCAGGAAGUGAGUGUUAGUGUGGAAGAAGUGGCAGCGUUCCCAAGUACCAGCGCUGUCCUGACGCAACCUGAGGACUCCUCUGAUGCACCUGAUGAUGGACAGGUGGACAGCGCUGAGCAGGAUGACCAGUCGGAUGAUGCUGAUGCGGUUGAACAGGGUGCCUUCAGCGGUACACAGACUACUUUUGCCUUGAGGGAGGGGACCAACAUUGAGGUGCGGGUGGAGAUCGAGGCUCAGCCGCGGAGAGGCCGCCAGCCCAGCCUCAGCAGUGUCCUCUCCAGCAGGAGCUUGUCAGCAGAGUCCCUGCAUCACUCGCAUGAACCUCUCUGUGCCUCACUACAGCUAAAGAGCGGAGACCCCCUGCCACUCACUGAGACAGACAACGUCUGAGCCACAGCCAGGCCACACCCGCUUCCACCGCCCACUGCACCGCCCACCAGCCGCUUCUAGCCUCUGCCUCCUAAUGCAGAGUCAGCGACAUGGAGACGAAAGGAGUGAGAGAGUAGGAGAAUUAGAGACACACAGAGAGAACGAGUUUAGAGUAAGGAAAGAGGGCAUGGAGAUGGAUGUCCAGGGCAGCUGCCCAAAAAAAUGCCACGAAGAGGAUUACUGACUAUAAUAGUGUCUAAAAUGACAGAGAGCAUGUUUGUCAACUAGUCCCAUGGGUGUUCGCUCUUCUUUUUUACACUGUGUUGCAGUGAAAAGAUUGCCUACCCGGAUGGUGUUCUGUUUAAUUUAUUUGUUUAGCCCUACUUAAAGCUACAAUAUAUACCCUUGUACUUAGCAGCUAUUUGAUUUCACCCCCCUCAAAUAACAAUAAAUUGAAGAAAUGACCGCAUGAUUUCUUCUGCAAGGA